CCUUUUACCUUACUUCACUAGAAAACGGUGGAAGAAGACCAUUCAAAAUGUCUGACGCCGGAUCGGAAACCGCCUCCAACGUUGAGCAGGUCGAGCAGGUCGAGCAGGUCGCCGACAACUCGGGCCCCAUGUCGGUCGAGGAUGCCCUUCAGGAGGUGAUCAAGACUGCCCUUAUCCACGAUGGCCUUGCCCGUGGUCUCCGCGAGUCGGCCAAGGCUCUCGACAAGCGUGAGGCCCACCUUUGUGUCCUCGUCGAGACUGUCACCGAAGCCGAGUACUCGAAGCUCAUCGAGGCCCUCUGCGCCGAGCACAACAUCCAGCUCAUCAAGGUCUCGGACGCCAAGGUCCUCGGCCAGUGGGCCGGUCUCUCGAAGAUCGACCGUGACGGCAAGCCCCGUAAGGUCGUCGGCUGCUCGUGCGUUGUUGUCACCAACUACGGUGCCGAGACUGCCGGCCUGCAGGUUCUCCUCGACUACUUCAAGACUCGCUAAGCUGCGUAUGAUAUGCUGAUUGCGAAUUGUUACUGCCCGUCGGCGUCGUGACAUUCGUAGUUCAAUAUAUUCAUGUAUGCCAACGUUGGUUGC